UGAGCGGAUGGUAGAGCUCGGGCUGCGCCUGGUAAACUGCAUUGUUGCCCUUGUUGUUACCUUGCCUGUUGUUAAAUUAUCUUAAAACGUCAUUUAAUCACACUUUUGAGUUUUAGUUAAGAAAUAAAGUUUGCGCUUGUGUAAUAAAGUAUAAUGUUGCCCUGAACUAUUAUAGCUAAAGCACGAGGACGCUUGCGUUGCUUUGACAUUAUUACAGUUCAGAGUAAAACUAUACUUUAUUACACUACACAUGCGGUCAGAGAAAACUUUAUAACUUGUCUUAGAUUGGGAAUUUUAAAAUACUCAAUCUUUUUCUUUGAGAUGGGUUUAAAAUCGAAUCUGUAUCAACAUGCGGUAAAUGGAAAAACCUCGAACAGGCUAACUGACGGGCUGGUCCACUUGAUUGCCUGUAUACCCCUUAAGCUGAGAGACAUAUUUACGUUUAAAAUAUAAUACAACAUGACUAAAAUGUUUAGUUUAUUAUAAUAAGGUCCCAUUUUCUUAUCCGUUCAGUGUGUGUAUAUUUAAAAAAAAACAUGCAGCACAACGAAGGAUUUUGAAAAUAUUUUUUUGAUAUUAAAUUGCUUAAAUUUAAUCACGUGACUCUGAACAUUCCACAUAUGUAUUGUGGGGCCGAGCUUACAUGUAAACAUAGCCGAAAUUCCAUGUCGCUGGUUAUUGUGAGUUGAGGUGUUUUCUGUUGUACAAAUUGCAGCAACUUAAGCCAUGAAAUAGUGUGUUUAACGAGGGGGUUGUGCUACAUGUUACGGUAUCGGACGAGGAUCGACGGCCUGGGGUGAGAUAUGGCGUCGCCGUGAGACGACCAUGGCCGAGGAAAAGCAACAAUGGCCGCCACCAGUGCCCCCAGUCGGAACAGGAGCCACAGAGAAAGGGCUGAACAGAUAACAGUGACAAAGUCUGGUCUACAUGCCUCGAGUGAUUCGAGUCGGACUGAGAGGACACCAGUGACGACCACAAAAAAACCUGCUACGCAAGCGACUCCAUCACCAGCAGACUGCGACGACCUAAUUUACGCCAGCAGAAGGGGGAACCUGGAGGAGGUGAAGCGGCUCCUGUCUCUAAAUGUCGACGUCAACUGUAGGGACAGUUAUAGCAGGACACCGGUGAUGUGGGCAGCAGGGCGGGAACACGCAGAAGUGGUGGAGCUCCUGGUGAGGAAAGGAACCGAUGUGUCACUGGUGGACGAGGGCGGUAGCAGUAUUCUUCACUUCGCCUGUUAUGCAGGAGACAUGGAGAUUGUUAAGUUUGUGCUGUCACUGAACGUCUUGGACAUCGAAAGUAGAGGAGAGUUGAGCAGGACACCGGUGAUGUAUGCAGCAAGGUGGGGACACAGGGACGUGGUGGAGCUCCUGGUGAGUAUAGGAGCCGAUGUGUCACUGGUGGACGAUGACGGUGACAACAUCCUUCACCUCGUCGGUUGGGGAGGAGACAUGGAGACGGCGAAGUUUGUGCUGUCACUGAACGUUGUGGACAUCGACGCCAGGAACAACGACGGGCGGACAGCGGCGGACGUGGCGAGAUCCGGGAGACGUCGGCGAGUGGCGGAUCUGCUGGAGUCCCGCGGCGCUCAAUGACGUCAGUGCCGUGUUUGUGUAGACGGUGAAGAAGACCUGGCAGUGACGUGGCUUGCCGUUCACGUCAUCGUGUGUCUUUAUUUACGUGAAACUGUUUGUUGAUUUGGGGGAUGAAUAAAACUUGUAAAAGCUU